CUCUCUCUGUGUCUGUCUCUUUUUUAAUUGUCUUAAUUAUUUUUAUUUCUUCCCUCCUUUUGGUUUCUGCCAUGUCAAAUAUCACAGGUGAUGGUACACUUAGUUUCUCUUCAUCUCCAUCUGGUGGAGAUGAGCUUCAUCAUGAACAUCAACAAGAGCUCCUCACUCAACACUUCCAUGGCGGCUCAAGCUCCUUACUCUCAAACAACACCGCAACCACCAACAGCAAUGGCUCCACUACCACCACUCAGCAUCAACCUCCUCCAAUAGCCAACAAGAGAAAGAGAAAUCUUCCAGGAACUCCAGAUCCAGCUGCUGAAGUCAUUGCUCUAUCACCAAACUCUCUAAUGGCGACGAACCGUUUCGUUUGUGAGAUUUGCAACAAAGGGUUUCAACGAGACCAAAACUUGCAGCUGCACAGACGGGGCCAUAAUUUGCCAUGGAAGCUCAAGCAAAGAACCAGCACUGAAAUCAGAAAGAGGGUUUAUGUUUGCCCCGAACCGUCGUGUGUUCAUCACAACCCGGCUCGUGCCUUGGGGGAUCUCACCGGCAUCAAGAAGCACUUCUGCAGGAAGCACGGUGAGAAGAAGUGGAAAUGUGAUAAGUGCUCCAAGAAAUAUGCGGUUCAUUCCGAUUGGAAAGCUCAUUCCAAGACCUGUGGUACCAAGGAAUACAAGUGUGACUGUGGCACCAUCUUCUCCAGGAGAGACAGUUUCAUAACCCACAGAGCCUUCUGUGAUGCCCUAGCUGAAGAGAACCACAAGGCCAACCAGGGGCUAAUGGCUCACCCUCCUGGUGCGAACCCACAAAGCCAAAUGGCUCCUGAGCUCGUGCCGUCCGAGCUCAUGCCGAUGCCGCCGAAACCUAGCUUGAACAUGGCGCCAACCGGGGCGGUUUUCUCCAACAACUCUUCAGGAGGCAGCUUGUUUUCUACCGCUUCCUUAUCGGCCACUGCAUUGUUGCAGAAGGCGGCUCAAAUGGGCGCGACCGCCAGUAAUGGUAGCGGAGGUAACAUGAACAUGAAUAUGAACGUUAACCCAGUUCCUUCUUCUCUUGUCACAAGCAUGGCGCCACCGUCAUUUGCCGGCACAAUGCAACAACACAUUCAUCACAAUGAUCAGAUGUUGAACCCCUUUUUCAACGAUGAAGUGGCGGUUGAUGACCAGAACUCAGCCAUGAACGAUAUCGGAAUGUUUUACAGGUUUUUAGACCAUCAAAACAAUCCAUUAAUGAAGAAUCUGAACCAGCAGGCGGACACCAAGAGCACUAAUAAUAACUCGGAUAACAAUUCAGGUUUAAGUAGCAGCACUAAUAAUACAAGCAGUGGAGCGAACAAUAAUCCAGCUGGUGGAUUCUCAUCAAGAUUCGGUGGCGACAUGAUGACUGUGGAUUUCCUAGGAGUUGGAGGGCCAAGACCGAUGAGGAACCUCCAUCAAGACCAACAUCAAUCAAGGGUUCAUCAAGUGCAAGGAUUGAACCAUUUUCAGCAGCAUGCAGCAAUGGAGAAGCAAAUGUGGGGAGUCUAGCUAGAAAAAAAAUGUUUUUAUUUUAUUUGAUUCAAUAAUUUAGUUUAAUUUUGCAACUUCUGGUGGAAUUAAGAAGGAUCAUGCAUGUCUUGCUAAAGAGCAAGGCAUUGAGGAUUUUGGUUUAAGAUAUAUUAAUUUUAAUUAGCAGUUUUAAUUAGUCGAA